UCGCUCUUGUAGAAUCGAGAUGGGCAAGUUUAUGAAACCCAGGAAGGUUGUUUUGGUCCUGGCCGGGCAUUAUUCAGGCCAGAAAGUUGUCAUUGUCAGGAACAUUGAUGAUGGUACAUCAGACCUGCCAUACAGCCAUGCUCCGGUGGCAGGAAUUGACUGCUACCCACACAAAAUGACAGACAGCAUGGGCAAGAAGAAGAUUGCCCAAUGGUCCAAGAUCAAAUCCUUAGUGAAAGUCUAUAAUUACAACCGAUCAAUGCCCACAAAGUAUUCUAUUGAUAUUCCCUUGGACAAAACUGUUGCCAACAAGGAUGUAUUUAGGGACUCUGCACUGAAACGCAAACCACGGUGAGUGGCUAAAGUGAAAUUUGAAGAAAGGUACAAGGCAGGCAAGAACAAGUGGUUUUUCCAGAAGCUCAGAUGCUAAAUUGCAUGUAGCUGCAU